UGCGAGUAAAUAAGGACUCUAGCAGUAUUUUUGUUUGUCACUAUGAACCAAAUAUGCAUAAGAAAUAUUUCAGCAUAUCUUAUGCAAACAUAACUAACACCACUAGCAAUAUUCUAAUACACCCUACCAAACAACCUCUUUAAAAGUUUCCACUAACCAUACUGACAAUAAAAGAAAGAGUUCCAUUUUAGUAUCCUACAAAUCUUUUUUGAUUAUAGUACGAGAAUGAAAUGGGCCUGAAUAGAACGAAAGGACAUAGAGAAUUUAUGUAGCUAAUCAUAACUGAUGAUUUUGAGGCAGAGUUGAUUGGUUAAUUGAUUGAAGCGUGUUACUAAUUUCUUGAAAGAGAGUCCAAGGAACUUGUUUCAUCUACAGGAUGGAGUGAGGCAGUAACAAUGAUUGAGGACAAGGAAGUAUGAACGGUUCAAGAUUGUUGAACAAGAGGCUGAUAGUGGAUCUCCAGAAAAAGUUACAUUGAUAUUGAUUGAUCAUGGCUGGUGGGCACUUUAUCGUCCAUACGAGAGAGGGGGGUAACUACCCGGGGAAGCUAACAUGGUAUGUGGUAAUUACUUGUAUUAUGGCAGCCAUGGGAGGGUUCAUCUUUGGUUACGACAUUGGAAUUUCUGGAGGAGUUACUUCUAUGGAUUCUUUUCUCAAAUGCUUCUUCAUGUCUGUUUACCACGAACAGGCCCUCAACACUUCCACCAACCAGUACUGCAAGUUCGACAGCCAGUUGCUCACCCUUUUCACCUCUUCUCUCUACCUGGCUGCCCUUAUCGCCUCCAUUGGUGCUUCUUUUGUCAGUAAGAAACAUGGCAGAAAAUUGACCAUGUUCCUUGGAGGUCUCUUCUUCUUGAUUGGUGCGGUCCUCAAUGCUGCUGCCAUCCACAUUAGCAUGCUCAUCUUGGGUCGUUUCCUUCUCGGCCUUGGUGUCGGAUUUGCUAAUCAGUCAGUCCCUAUUUAUUUGUCCGAGAUUGCUCCCUAUAAAUACAGGGGAGCUUUCAACGUCCUGUUCCAAUUGGCCAUCACCCUUGGAAUCUUGACAGCUAAUAUAGUUAAUUUUCUAACGAACAAGAUCCCUGGAGGUUGGGGCUGGAGAGUCAGCUUAGGAGGUGCAGCCGUGCCAGCUCUAGUAAUCAUGGUUUCAUCCAUGUUUCUCUCUGAUAGUCCCAGUUCGUUGAUUGACAGAGGAAACACAGAGGAAGCAGAGCAGCUCUUGAAAAAGAUCAGAGGAGUCGACAACGUGAAGGCUGAAUUUAAGGACCUUGUGGAGGCGAGUGAAGCAUCCAAGAAAGUAAAAGGGCCAUGGAAAAACCUCAUGACAGUGCGAAAGUACAGACCACAGUUGACUUUAUCGGCUCUGAUUCCAACAUUCCAGCAGCUCACUGGGAUUAACGUGGUCAUGUUCUAUGCUCCCGUGCUUUUCAAAACUCUAGGAUUUAAGGCCAAUGCUUCCCUAAUGUCAGCUGUCAUCACUGGGGCCGUCAACGUGGGUGCAACUUUUAUUUCAGUCUAUUGCACAGACAGGUAUGGCAGGAGGGUACUUUUCCUUUGGGGUGGUGUCCUAAUGUGUGUAUUUCAGGCAUUAGUCGCAGGUCUUAUUGGGUGGAAAUUCGGAAUUACAGGGGUCACAACAGAUUUGCCCCAAACGUAUGCGAUAUUAGUGGUUCUAUGCAUUUGUGUAUUCGUGGCUGCCUUUGCAUUCUCAUGGGGUCCAUUGGGGUGGUUGGUUCCAAGUGAGAUUUCUCCACUCGAAGUUCGAUCUGCAGCACAAUGCGUCACCGUCUCAAUGAACAUGCUUCUCACGUUCGGGGUGGCACAAGUUUUCUUGAAGAUGUUGUGCUGUAUGAAGUUCGGAUUGUUCAUCUUCUUCGCGGCCUUUGUGUUUAUAAUGACACUGUUUGUCUACUUCUACGUGCCCGAAACCAAGAAUAUACCCAUUGAAGAAAUGUCCCAAGUCUGGAGAGAGCAUUGGUACUGGAAGAAGUUCGUGGAUGAUGAAGAUGCAGAAAUCAAGCCACGAGUGAAGCCUGCAACAGAUAUAGUCUAGUGUAAUGGAUUAGCACAUGUUUUAGUGUUUUUGUAUAAUUUUUUUUUUAAUCUUGAUAUAUGCUUUAAAGUUGAGGAAUUUUUGGUAACAAUUGGGUGUUGUUAGAAUUGGUUAAUUUUACAUAAUCUUUCUGUGCAAAUAUUCCUGUUUCUGCU